AUGUUCCGAAGGACCCCCAAGAAGGGGAAAGCAGAACUUCCUUUAGGGGCGUUAGAUACUCUUGCAUUGCAGCCUCAAGUGGGAGGUAGACCAGCACCGAAAAGUGAUGAUCCAGAGCCUGGGGGACUCGAAAAGUUUGACAGUUUCUAUGACAGAGGUGCAGGUGGUGCUACGGGUGCUGGCGAGCCUGGUCCAGGCACUGCCUCUCGAAUGGGAUAUGAUGCCGGUCCUAAUAUGACAGAUCCCAACGACAAAACCACAGUACCACCUGGUGGAGGACCUAGAGGAGGCAAAAAUGGUGGUGCCGGAGGUGCAGCUGUUGCAGGAGCUGCCUUGGUAGGAGCCGGAGCUGCAGCUGGAGCCUAUGCCGGAAGAUCCAAUGAUGAAUCAGACAUGGCGGAUCCAUCAAGUCCAAGAGAUGGCUCUGCUGGAGGGGCUGCUGCUGGAGGGGCCGCUGGGUCGCCUUCGGACCCAUCCAAGAACACGACAGAUCCAGCUAGUACUCGAGGUGGAGCUGGAAAAGCUGCCGGUGCCGCUGCUUUGGUCGGUGCUGGAACAGCUUCUAGAAUGGGCGGUGGAAGUCCAUCCAAUGUCACAGACCCAGCAACUACGAGAGGUGGAGGAAAAAGUGGAGGAAAGAACACUGGUGGUGGCAAGGGCGGGUCAGGUGCUGGGAAGGCAGCUGGAGCAGCUGCACUAGUUGGCGCUGGCGCAGCAGCCGGAUAUGCUGCAACGAGAUCUAAUGAUAAAUCUGAUCUCACCGAUCCAGCAAGUCCAAGAGGCGGUGCUGCUGGUGCUGCCGGAGGCUCUAGCGGUACUGGCGGAACCUCUGGUGCCGGUGCUGGAGGCCCUAGCGGUUCUGGAGCCUCUGGUGCCGGUGCUGGCGGAGCUAGAGGCAAAAGUGAUGCUUCCGGUGCCGAUGGUCGUAGCGGUAAAAAGAAUUCCAAAGGAGGCUCAGGUGCUGGAAAGGCUGCCGGAGCAGCUGGACUCGUUGGUGCCGGCGCUGCUGCAGGAUAUGCUGCCACGAAAUCCAACGACGCAGAUCCAGCUAGUCCCAACAGAGGCGGUGCUGUAGGAGCAGGUUCCAGCGGAGGCAAAGGUGCUUCUGAUGGUGGUGGUGCUGCUGCUACUGCCGGUACAAGUGGCAAAUCUGGAGACAAAAGUGGAGAUAAGAGCGGUGACAAAGGCAGUUCAGGUGGUGCUGGUAAGGCUGCCGGUGCCGCUGCUCUAGUUGGCGCCGGGGCUGCAGCAGGUUAUGCUGCGACGCGAUCAAAUGAUGGAUCCAGUACCGACCCAGCUAGUACAAGAGGCGGUGCUGCUGACGGUACUAGUGGUGGAGGGUCCAGGGGUGGAGGCGGAGACGCUUCUGUUGCCGGAACGGUUGCUGAUGGCGAAUCUGGGGCCAACAAAGAUGAAGAAAAUGGUGGUACGGAUUGCGCUUCAGGUGCUGCUGCCGGUGCUUCCGCAGCAGCUGCUGGAGCGGCUGCACUUAUUUGCUGUGGCUCCGGAACUACUGGAUACGAUGACGUGGGAGAUGGAGAAAACGAAGCCGAUGAUCCAGCGAACCCAGAAAGUGGUACUGAGGGAGCCUCCGGUACCGGUGCUGCUGCCGGUGCUGCGACUGGAGGAGCUGCUCUGGCUGGUGCUGGAGCUAGAGCUGCCACCGGAGCAGAUGGAGCUAAUGAUCCAUCAGGCGGAGCAUCCGAAGGAAAGGAAGACAGAGGCAAAGGAGACAGCGGAGGUGGACUUCUUGGUGCUCUGGGACUCGGAGCAUUGCUUGGAGCCGGAGCAAUGGGUGCUGGAGGAAGUGAAAGUGACGCUUCUUCAGCUUCAUCAUAUCAGAGUGACAAAUCGGGAGGCUCUCAAGGCGGUGGUCCUGAGUCUGCAGAUCGCGCUGGCGAUGACGACCCAACCAGCGCCAAUGCCUCCAAGGAUUCCAGUGGUGUCAAUAAGGCGGCGAUUGCUGCUGGAGCUGGGGUCGGUGUUGCUGCUGGUGCAACAGCUGCAAGCUCAGACCAAGAAAAUGAAGAUACAGUCGGGACCGUUUCUCCGCUUCGAAAGGAUAGAAAUGGUCUUGCAGAUGCAGAUGCAGAUGCUGCCGAUGCAGAACAAGCCCAGAUGGAAGACCAAAGGGAAAGAAGCCAAAAGGCCAGACAACCCGAGCCAAAAAGGACGAAUCCUCUCCUCCUUCUAUGCUGCAUAUUGACCGUUCUUGCUGGAGUUGUCGUUCUUGCUCUGUUACUACCAGGAGCUUUGGAAGAUGACGAUGGAGAUCGUUCAAUAGCUGGAAUUGGAGAUCCAACACCGGCACCAACCGAACUCAUCACGCCAUUUCAAUGCGAGGAAGCUGCUGUACUUUCUGGGAACUCAACGCUUGCUGCCACAACGAAAGGAGCUCCAGCACCAGGAGACAUUCCACUUUGUUCUGGAUUGGCUGCGAACGGAUUUGGUUCUUGGUUCCAGUUCGAAGGUGAUGGAUCCGUUGUUUCUUUAUCAACUUGCGACCCUUCAACGGAAUUUGACACUCAAAUCAGUGUGUUCUCUGGGUCCUGCUCAGAACUUGAGUGUGUUGCCGCGAACGACCAAGGUUCGGACGACAUUUGUGGAAGCAAAUCGGAGGUUGAGCUGAGUACAAACCCUGAUGAUACGUACUUUGUUUUUGUUCACGGAAAGCGAGAAGGCGAUGAAGGUCAAGUUGUUUUGAAAUUGGAAUACAUCCCGCAAGACAACGAUUCUUGCGACAAGGCUGGCCCAGUGACAUCCGGACUGGAUGAAAUCGUCGGCAACACAUGGCUUGCUGCUCAAAAUCCGAGCGCUGACAACAUCACCUGCACCAACUCUACAGUUCCAGGCUUGUGGUAUGCGAUUGAAGGGCAGGGCAAAGAAGUCACGAUCUCAACUUGCUCCGAGACUACCAAGUACAAUGCGGAGAUCACGAUCGCCUCCGGAGGCUGUUCCGAGCUGACUUGCACAGUGUCACGAACUGAAGAGUGCAUUUCUCCUUACCAAGGAAGCAUCAGGACGUUCUUUGCUGUCACAGGGGCCGCCUAUUAUGUGAAGAUCCACGGAAGUGAAGCCGCACAAGCUGCAUCCCCAUUUCGUCGUCUCCAAGAUGCCAGAGGCCCAGCAGAUGGUCAAUUUGGAAUGAUAAUCAGGGAAGAUGUUGGAGAUUCUGGUUUCUUUGUUGACCCACAAGAAUCAUGCGAAGAAGACAGAGUGAUCGAAAUAAACGGAGAUGCAGUUUCUGGAGUCCUAUCUCAAACUUCGAAUUUGCUGUGGGAUUCCUUUUGUGAUGGGGAUGGCCAAGGUCAAUUCUUCAAAAUCAUUGGCAAUGGAGAGACUAUACAAGCUGAUUCAUGCAACAACUCCACAGACGUUGAUACCACUCUCUCUGUCAUUGUCGGUGAUUGUGCAAGUCAAAUUUGGUCGUGCGAGGCUACCAACGAUCAAUUCUGUGGUGACCAAUCGUCUGUCAAGUGGUUUGCUGAAGAAGGCGAGACAUACUUCCUCUUGCUUCGAUCCGUCGGUUCAAAUCAAGGAAGCUAUUCCAUAACUCUUCAGACGGCACCAACGCCGGUACCUAGUCUUUCACCUUCAGACUCCCCCACGGACAAGCCCAGUGUAUCACCAACAAAUGUCCCAACGAACCCUGACGGUUCUACGCCGACGUUGAGUCCGACUGGCUUAGAUGGUUCCACUCGAGCACCUGUAACUCCUGUUCCAACAUUUCCGGAUGGUUCUACUCGCGCACCAACAACUCCUGCUCCAAGUUUUUCAGAUGGCACUACUGUGGCGCCCACCACUACUCCACCCACUUUCCCUGAUGGCUCUACUCGGGCACCGACGACUCCUGCACCAACUUUCUUAGAUGGUUCUACUCGAGCACCGACAACUCCUGCACCAAGCUUUUCAGAUGGCACUACUGUGGCGCCCACCACUACUCCACCAACUUUCGCAGAUGGCACUACUCGGGCACCGACAACUCCUGCACCAAGCUUUUCAGAUGGCACUACUGUGGCGCCCACCACUACUCCGCCUACCUUUCCUGAUGGUUCUACGCGGGCGCCAAUCAUGCAACCUGUUUCACCUCCAGUCUUUGUUCGUCCAACAACUCCUGCACCCACCUUUCUGGAUGGUUCGACUCGGGCACCAACAACUCCUGCUCCAAGCUUUUCAGAUGGCACCACUGUGGCCCCCACCACUACUCCACCAACUUUUCCAGAUGGCUCUACCCGGGCACCGACGACUCCUGCACCAACUUUCUUAGAUGGUUCUACUCGAGCACCGACAACUCCUGCACCAAGCUUUUCAGAUGGCACUACUGUGGCCCCCACCACUACUCCACCCACUUUCGCAGAUGGCACUACUCGGGCACCGACAACUCCUGCACCAAGCUUUUCAGACGGCACUACUGUGGCCCCCACCACUACUCCACCCACAUUCCCUGAUGGCUCUACUCGGGCACCGACGACUCCUGCACCAACUUUCUUAGAUGGUUCUACUCGAGCACCGACAACUCCUGCUCCAAGCUUUUCAGAUGGCACUACUGUGGCGCCCACCACUACUCCACCAACUUUCGCAGAUGGCACUACUCGGGCACCGACAACUCCUGCACCAAGCUUUUCAGAUGGCACUACUGUGGCCCCAACCACUACUCCGCCUACCUUUCCUGAUGGUUCUACGCGGGCGCCAAUCAUGCAACCAGCGGCACCUCCAGUCUUUACUCGCCCAACACCUACACCAGGAGGUCCGACUGAUCCAGGCACACCAACAGUUCCAGGAACCCCAACUGUUGCUCCAGUCUUCAAUCAAGUUGAACAGUGUCUGGAAGCUCGUACACGUGUUGGAGCCCUUGGGAGUAGUGAUAGUGUGGCUGUGGACGUGCCCAGUAGGUAUUCCUUUGAACCACCAUUCAUUGGAGCAUGUGGAACUUCUUUCUUCAACAACGAUCCGGGAGUCUGGUUCAAGUUUGAAGGACCCAAAACGGGAAACAAUAUCAUCGCUACCGCCGAAGUCUGCGACACACCCUUUGACUUUGAACUCACCAUCUUCAUGGGAAGCUGUGACAACCUAAUGUGUGUGGCGGGAACCUCAAGGUUCUGUAACGAAGGCUUGACUUGGAACUGGGACAUUGAAGUGGGUACUUACUACUUGAUGUUCCACGGCUUUGGACCGGCGGUGAAAGGAAACUUUGUAUUCAACCUCGACUCACGCUAA